AUGCCUCUGCUCUCUCUGCCAAGGCGCGUACCCCGGGCUGGACUGUGGACGAGGCGGUUCUCAACUUCGCCGUGUAGCGCUAAUUACGCGGAUACUUUGCAUAAUUUGAAAAUUGGCGCUCACACGAAAGUUCUCUUCCAGGGGUUUACUGGAAAGCAGGCUACCGCCAACGUGAAGGAGUCUCUGGAAUGGGGAACCAAGAUCGUUGGAGGCGUCAAGCCUGGUGUUGAGGGCGAACACCUGGGUCUUCCUAUCUUUCCUUCCGUCAAAGCGGCCCAGGAAAAAGCAAAACCUGAUGCAUCUGCUAUCUAUGUUCCGGGGAACCAGACAGCACAGGCUAUUGAGGAAGCCAUUGAGGCCGAGAUCCCACUCGUAGUGGCAGUCGCCGAGCAUGUCCCCAUUCACGACAUCCUUCGGAUCCAUUCAAUGCUUCAGACCCAGUCCAAGACUCGUCUUGUCGGUGCAAAUUGUCCAGGUAUUAUUUCAGCCAUUGGCAAGUGCCGCAUCGGCUUCCAACCCCUGCCCUGUUUCGCACCUGGCAAUGUCGGCAUCGUAGCCAAGUCUGGAACUUUGAGUUAUGAGACUGUCGCAUCGACAACCCGAGCUGGGCUGGGCCAGAGUCUUUGCAUUAGUAUGGGCGGCGAUGUAUUGGCUGGAACUAACUUUGUGGAUGCGUUGAAGAUCUUUGAACAUGAUCCUGAUACCGAGGGUAUUAUCCUUGUUGGUGAGAUUGGCGGUACGGCUGAGAUGGAUGCUGCGGAAUGGAUUAAGGAUUAUCGACAGCGGACUCAAAAUCCCAAACCCAUUAUGGCUCUCGUUGGUGGAUUAGAAGCGCCUCCUGGUCGCAUCAUGGGCCAUGCUGGAGCUUGGGCUGCACCUGGCGAGCCUGAUGCUCAGACAAAGUAUCAGGCCUUGGAACGCGCUGGUGCAGUUAUGGUUAAUCACCCGGAGAAAUUCGGCGAGGGAAUGAAGACUCUGCUUGGUAAUGCCAGCCGGAUGAGUACAAGCUCUAUACAUGGGACAGGCUCUCAAAAGCGAGGUCUUCAUACCAUGAGGCGCAUUACACCAACCCUGAGGCCCAUGCAUCAGCAGAAGCGCAAUCUCUACAUCAAGCAAUUCCAAGCAUUCGACAUUUUGAAGCAAAAGUCUAUUCCCGUCAACGAGGCUCCUCUCAACUCAGAUGCAUCUAUCUCCAUCUCCGUUGACCGAGCAGCUUUGUCGCCAUGUAUCAUUGCAUCUCCAAGCGCCUCUCAGCCGGACGAGGCACGCAGGUUCCCCUUUGCCUACACCCAGACCAGCUUUGAUAACAGCCCCAUUCUUGCUGACGUAUCAUCGUAUUUGGGUCUUCCCGAGUCAGCCAAGGGCAAGCUAGUUGAUCUUGUACAAGCACUGUGGGAAAUUUUCAAGGAGAAGGAAGCUUUCAACCUCGAGACUCGCGUUGGAACAUCGGCAGAUGGAGGCCUGGAAGUCCACGCUGCGAGCUUUGGAUUUGACGAUGCUGCAUUCCGUAGCUCGAAGCGUCAGAAGGAAAUUCACAGUCUACGGGAUUUCGCUGAGGCGGUCCCCGAAGAGGUUGAAGCUGAGAAGGACGGCAUUGUAUACGUCAAAUUGGAAGGCGAGGGCAGCAUUGGUACUUUAGUCAAUGGAGCUGGGCUUGCCAUGAACACUGUCGACGCUCUAACGAUUCACGGCGGCCACUGCGCCAACUUCCUCGACACUGGUGGCAAGGCCACCUCCGAAACGGUCAAGUCAUCUUUUCGGAUUAUCUGCUCUGACCCGCGUGUCAGUGCUAUCUUUGUCAAUAUCUUUGGUGGCCUGACGCGCUGCGAUAUGAUCGCCGAGGGAAUAAUACUGGCUUUCCGGGACUUGCAUAUGAAGGUUCCCGUUGUGGUUCGACUGCGCGGGACAAAUGAAGAGCUUGGCCAGAAGAUGAUUGCGGAGAGUGGACUUCCUCUCCAUGCAUUCGAUGGAUUUGAGGAUGCAGCCAAGAAGGUGAUCGCACUCGCCCAGAAGUAA